AUGUCCGGCAACGGCACCAAUAAUACAUGCUCAGUGGGUUAUUUUGAGUUUUCAGCUUACACGCCAGUAUUUCUGAUUGGCUUCUUUGUUAAUGCUGCUGCGCUGCGGGCCUUCAUCUCCAUCCGGGGCUCCUGGACAUCCACCCACAUCUACAUGAUGAACUUGGCAGUUGCUGACUUUGCCCUAAUCCUAUCCCUUCCCUUCAGGAUCUAUGACACCUUCUUCUGCCUACCUAAAACCUACAUGUGCACUUUUCUCAUGCAAAUUCAUUUUGUCAACAUGUAUGCCAGCAUGCUGACCAUGACGGUCAUCAGUGGCCAACGUUACCUGGCUAUAAGGUUCCCCCUGCAGGUCAGGUCCCGGAGGAGGAAGAAAGAAACAGCGGUUGCUGUGUGCUUCAUCAUUUGGGCCCUCCUGGUGGCUAUGGCUGUUGCUUUUCAUCACGAGAACAAUCCCGAGAAACUCUGGACAUGCUAUGAAAGACGUAAAGAUUUUCCACUCAGCCUAAAAUUUCUCAUUCUCCUGGUGCUUGUGGGUUUUGCCCUUCCUCUGCUGAUCAUCGUCUUCUGCUCUGCUCAUUUAAUCUUUAUUUUGUUAAAGAAGCACCGCAGCUCAGCAGAAAGGAAAAGCCUCAUUGGCAUCGUAACAACAAAUCUGAUUGUGUUCCUCGUCUGCUACACACCCAUCCAUAUUGCUUUUGUUGUUAACUUCUUACAAACGGUUCCCUCAGACUCAAACUGGAUGACUGAAUUUUUGCCAGCCCACUGUUUUUUACGAGUGUCUGAAUGGAUCUCGUCCACAAACUGCUGCUUUGACUCCAUUAGCUAUUAUUUUUUGUUGAAAAAGUUUUACACAUAA